GUGUGAUUUUAGUUUUUUUUUUUCUCUCAGCUAGAUUCUCUGAAUCUUACUUGUCAUUUCUCUUUUCUCAGGCCACGGCAUGGCUCUGCUCUGCCCCAUUUCUCAAACAGAUGAAGAAAUUGCUAAAAAACCAAGAAUUUCUCAUACUGAUUCGUCCGAUCCAACAUCCCGAUUGCCCGAUCAUGUCCUCCAUUCGAUUUUUUCCUACCUUACAUCUGAAGAGCUCUUUCAAGUCCGCCUUGUUUCCAAAAAUUGGCAUCGCAACACACCUUCAUACUUCCCUCUAGAAUUCGACGAAUCAAUCUUCUUUGAAAUCACUCCAACUACACCCGCUGCCGUUAUACAAGAAUCACACAACAAGUUCUUGGAAUGGAUCCGUUCUUCUCUCGACACUUGCCAAUCUGAGUUAAACAAGGCUGAGAAAAGGGUAAUUCGUGCUCAAUUAACACAUCAUGAUAAUAUCAACGAUCUAAUGAAAUUGAUCGACGGAAUUGAUUUUCAUGAGGUGUAUUUGAAAUUUGGGUGUUUUAAUUACUGGAUUCCGUUUAUUUUUCAGUCAAAAUGUCUUACAGUUCUUCAUCUAACUCGAUGUGGAAUCUAUAAACGUUUGUUUAAUGGUGAAGCAAAUUUUGUUUCUUUGCAACAAGUAGAUUUGGAUAAUGUUAAUUUAAGUGGAGAAGCUCUAUCAGAGUUUAUUAGUAAGUGCCCUAAUAUUAGAGAAUUGAGAUUGGUGAAUUGCAAGGUGCUAAGGUCUCUAGUGUUACCUAAAGUAGAUCAUUUGAAGAAGCUUUAUGUGCAGUUGGUGGGUUCUUAUCCUUCUAUUACCGAUGUCCAAGUUGUUGCCCCGAGUUUACAAGUGUUCCAUUUUGUUCAGUAUAAUAGCAGCAACAAAGUUGCAGUUAAUAUGGAUAUUCGAGCUUGUAGAAUGUUGCGGGAAUUUCACUUGGAAUGUAACCUAUUUCCUGUGGGUCUUGAUCAUGAACACUUCAUUUCAGAUUUUCCUCAUCUUGAGAAUCUAAUGCUUGGCCCUUGUGAGACAUCAAAGCGUGUCAAAAUUUCGAGUCCAUCCCUUAGAAAAUUAACCUUAAUGUUCACACAACUGUAUAAUUAUAAUUAUUCAAGGAAAAGUGUAGUUUCAGUUCCCAAUUUAUGUUCUUUCCAAUAUGUCGGUAGAACAUUUAAAUCAUCUUUAGCUCCAAGUGAAACUCCAAAGUUUUUGAAGACCUUCGGCAUUUCUUUGGUUCCUCAAAUUGAGAAGAUCAAUAGAGCUUGGUUCCUCCAAUUGAGAAGUCAUCUUACAAAAAUUAACAACCGUAUAAGAUUGGCCUUAAUCAUUCGUGAUCAGACAAGUUUUUUUGAACUGGGCAAACAAGGACAUAAAUUGUGGAGCAUAUCAAUUGGACGAAUUCCAACACAAGUGCUACCUCAUAUCGAACACUUAAAGCUAGACAUAAGGCUCAAAGUUGUUCCACAGGAAUCCCAUGGAUGCUUGCUGAAAUAUGCAAUUGACAACUUACUUUGGAUGUCUCGUCCAAAUGCAUUGACUCUAUCAAUGCCAGCUAGUUUUGCUGCAUUUGCACUUGGAAUCUGCAACGAGUUUUUGAUAAGCAGAAGGGAAGGCAACUGCUGCACAGAUAUUCAGAACAAGUGCUGGCACCAUUACCUAAAGGAUUUCAUGGUUAGAGAAGUAGUUACCGAUGAAAAGGAAGAGGCAAAGAAGUUCAGUUUCGUAUUUACUUGGCAAUUAUUAAGUUAGGUCACUCUCUUUUCUGUUCGCAAAAUUGAGAUACUUUGUUUAUUCUGUUCGCCAAAUUGAGAUACUUUGUAGUAAAACAUCUGUGUUUGAGUAAAAGCAAAUUAUACCAUAUAUUUUGCCUUAUCUAAAUUCAUGUAAUUUGAAUUUGUGAAUAAAAGGUCUUCAUGCGAAGGUAUAGUCUAUCAGAAAAAUGAGAGGGAUAGACACAACAAGAAGCUCUUUGUGUGUUUGAGAUUAAGAAAAAUGUACUUGUAUCAUUGUAUGUAAUAUCCAGUUAUGCUACAAGAGAAAUGCUGUCUCUUAAUUCCAAAUCUAGGAUAUAUUAAUGUACCAUAGUGAAUGUACCUCUUUAAGAAAAUCAGCAACUACCCUAGGAGUUGGUAAACAUCAUUUUAGUUACUUAGAGUGUUGAUCUUUUUUGAUAGUUGUGAGUUGUCAAUCUGACUUUGAAGUAGAAGUGGUUAAAGGUACAGGGAGAAAGCAGAGGAUUAUGCUUCUAUAGAAACAAAGCAAUUCAACAAAGAAGGCGCUGAAUAAAGCUUAGUGAACAAGAGUUCAUUGCCUUAUAUUAGUUUUCGACAUUUCCGAAAAUAUUGCUUCGGACAUGGCCUACUUUGCCUUGUGUCUUGUUAUUUUGUUGUCAUAUUAUUCUUGCAAUUCUGCUUUGGAAAAAUUUCAUUUGAGUCAAAGUUGUAUUGAAAACAACCUCUCUACCUCAUAAAGUAGGGUAAGGUCAACAUAUAUCCUACGAAUUACACUUGAUUCUAUCAAUACCAGCUUAGCGUUGCUGCAUUUGCACAUGUAACGUUCUCACGCAUACAUAUGUUUCUUGUUUAUUUCGUUUAAGAUUAUAAAUAAAAAUCCUCUAUAUUAUAGCA